AUGGUGGUGGCCACGUCCAACUUCGUCCCCUAUCCCGGGCCUGCCAAGCACCUGGCGAGGAUGGGGCUGCCGACCCUCGCCCUGCUUCUGGCUGCGGGGCUUCUGCAAACGCAGGCCUCCCCUUCGGCACGCUCCUUCCAGCUGGAUUAUGAACACAACUGCUUCCGCAAGGAUGGUGCCCCUUUCCGCUACAUCUCGGGCAGCAUCCACUAUGCCCGUGUCCCGCGCCCUGCCUGGAGGGACCGGCUGCUCAAGAUGUACAUGAGCGGGCUCAACACUGUGCAGGUCUAUGUUCCCUGGAACUACCAUGAGACACUGCCAGGAAUUUAUGACUUCACUGGGAACCGGGAUGUGGAAGCCUUCCUGGACCUGACAGCUGAGCUGGGACUUCUGGUGAUCCUGCGGCCAGGGCCCUACAUCUGUGCAGAGUGGGAGAUGGGUGGCUUGCCUGCCUGGCUGCUGUGGAAACCAGACAUCAUCCUGCGCACUUCCAGCCCUGCCUACCUGGCAGCUGUGGACUCUUGGCUCCAUAUCCUGCUGCCCAAGAUCAAGCCUCGCCUGUACCAGCACGGAGGGAACAUCAUCAGUGUGCAGGUGGAGAAUGAAUAUGGGAGCUACUAUGCCUGUGAUUAUGAUUACCUACGGCAUCUGCUGGGCUCCUUUCGGGCACUGCUGGGGAGUGAGGUGCUGCUCUUCACCACUGACAGCACGGGAGUGGAGGAGCUGCGCUGUGGCACGCUGCAGGGGCUCUAUGCCACCAUUGACUUUGGGCCAGAAUCCAAUGUGACAGAGGCAUUUGGUGCCCAGCGCCGUGUGGAACCAAAGGGGCCCCUGGUAAACUCCGAGUACUACACAGGUUGGCUGGACUACUGGGGUGAGACACAUGCUAGCACCAGCGCAGCGUGGGUGGCUCGGGGGCUGGAGGAGAUGCUGCAUCUGGGAGCCAGCAUCAACAUGUACAUGUUCCAUGGAGGGACGAAUUUUGCCUACUGGAGUGGUGCUGACUACAAGGACCAGUACAAACCAGUGACCACCAGCUAUGACUAUGAUGCCCCCCUCUCAGAGGCAGGAGACCCCACAGAGAAGCUGUUUGCCAUUCGCACAGUCAUCAGCAAGUUCCAGCCCCUGCCAGUUGGUCCGAUGCCACCUGCCACCCCCAAGUAUGCCUAUGGCUGGGUGGCCCUGCAGAAGUAUGCUGACCUCCUGGAUGUCUUGGAUGUGCUGUGCCCCUCUGGACCCAUCCAGAGCCAGUUCCCUCUCACCUUUGAGGUUCUGAAGCAGGUCUAUGGCUUUGUGGUGUACCACACACAUCUGCCCUGGGAUGUCCCGGACCCAGCCAUGCUGGGUGCCCCUCCCCACAGCAUCUGUGAUCGUGGCUAUGUGAUGCUGCAGAAGGAGUACCAGGGAACACUGGAGCGUGAUGGGCAGACAACACUGCAUGUAACAGGCAGGGCAGGGGACACACUGGACAUACUCCUGGAGAACAUGGGCAGGAUCAGCUUUGGGGCCAACACCAGUGACUUUAAGGGCUUGCUGGGAAACCUCUCAUUGAACUCCAGGCCUCUCAGCAACUGGCUGAUCUAUCCCCUGGCCAUAGACACUGCAGUCCAACAGGGCUGGCCCCAGGCUGCGCUGCCAAAAUCAAGCAGUCAGGGCAGAGUGGGGCCAGCCUUCUACACUGGGACCUUUGAGACACCUGGCAUUGCCUGGGACACCUUUGUGAAGUUACCAGGCUGGGGCAAGGGACUGCUGUGGAUAAAUGGCUUCAACCUGGGCCGAUACUGGACCCGCCGUGGGCCCCAGCAGACCCUCUUUGUGCCUGGCUCGGUGCUGCAUGCUGGUCACCCCAACAACAUUACAGUGCUGGAGCUAGAAGAGGCACCUCACACUCCUCUCUUGCUCUUCCUUGACCAACCCCUCUACAACAGGACACUUGGCUGCAGCACCAUGGCCACAGAAUAA